AUGAUUAAGGAUCUAAGCAAGCACAUCUUAAGUUGGUGGUUUCUAUUGAUAUGCAUUUUCUUGUGCUUGCACCAAACAGUGCUACUCAUUUCAGCUCAAGAAGUUGAGGAUGAAAGAGAAUUUGACUAUGGAGAAGAAAGCAAGAAAGGACCACAUCAUUGGGGAGAGCUAAAGAAAGAAUGGAAGGCAUGCAAUCAUGGAAAGUUACAGUCUCCGAUUGAUCUGUUGUAUCAAAGAAUCAAACUUAGUCCGAAGCUUGGACAAAUAGAGAUGAAUUACAAGCCUAAUAAUGCUACUAUCAACAAUAGAGGCCAUGAUAUCGCGAUCAAAUGGCUUGAAGAUGCUGGAUCAAUCAAGAUCAACGGCACUGAUUGCUUCCUUAAACAAUGCCACUGGCACUCACCCUCUGAGCACACCCUCAAUGGCAGAAGGUUUGACUUAGAGCUGCAUAUGGUUCACCAAAGCCAUGAGGUCAAUGGAGAAAGUAAAAUUGCUGUUACUGCUCUCUUCUACAAAAUUGGCAAGCCUGAUAGAUUUCUCUCCAAGUUAACCAGAGAUAUAAUAAACAUAACUGAUACAAAAAAAGUGGUACAUCAAGGAGUGAUUGACCCCAGAGAGUUAAGAUUGAAUGGAUUGAUGUACUAUAGAUACAUUGGCUCACUCACUGUCCCUCCUUGCACUGAAGGAGUUCUUUGGGCCAUAAACAAAAGGAUAAGCACUGUUUCCAGAGAACAAGUGAGACUACUCAAACUAGCUGUUCAUGAUUACGCAGAGAUAAAUGCAAGACCGUUGCAGCCCAUAAAUGGAAGAUAUAUUCACCUAUGAGUCCCCAAAUGUGUAUUUUACCUUAGAAGAGACUUGACAAAACUAAUGCUAGUCAUGCUAUGCCUU